GCGGAGAAUUAAGUUGCGGUCCGCAGCAGCAGCAAGUGACGCGGACUAAACUACGGCCCAACGUCGAAUGGGCUGAAAGUGUAGAUACUAAGUGCUAGCAAAAUCAGAAAAAAAUUUCUAAAAUAAUAAUAGUAUAAAUAACUUUGUGCAAAAGUUACGCAUAUUGAACUGUAUUGCUAUAAUUGUGCUUGGUUAUCAGUUUGCAAGACUACUUCGUAGCUGCUAAGCAGAAAAUUUUCAGUGAUGUGAAGAAAAUUCUUGCUUUUCUCAUAUACUGCGUACUUUAGCAUUUUUUGCAGUUAUUUAAAAAAAACAAUUCUGAUGAACUUUUCAAACUUAACGGACUAUUUUAAUGCUCUAACGAACAAACGAACCACUCAAACAACAACGGAAACAAUUUAUGCAUUGAGUAAUAACCAGAGUUCAGAAAAAUGCUCCCAAAGAACCAACGUCGCAAUUACUCAACAAGCCGAGAACAAAGCUGCCAUGUGAUGCCUUCCAACGGAAAGCUCCCAUAAAAAGCUACGGCCGGUAGUAGUUAAAAAACGUGCAAUGCCUCUGCCUCCCACCCAAGUAGCCGAACGCCGUUUGAGAGAGAUCGAGAGAGAGCGCGCGCAUACACCUGCAUGUGCCGCAUCAGCUGCGCCGUAAACUAUGCUAUAAUCGAAUAUUGCAUGCAAACUGCCAGCCAAGCCAAACGGCCGACCAACAGCAGCACUGAGCACUACACGACGUGACACUACAAUAUGAGAACGCGAACAGUGUGGAACGUCUAAACGGUAAAGCCGUGCACAGCAGCGUGCUGGUGAAAAAAAUGUUGCAAGUGAAAUAGUGCAAGAAAAAAAAUUAAAUACUUCAAAGAAAAUACAUAUUAAAGUGAAUUUUGUGGAAAAUUCUUAACGAUUUGCAAAGUGAUGCAAGAAAACAAGAAAUAAGCCAACGCAGCUAAAAAUAACGCAAACAUAUAACUGUGUCUGUGGCAUUUUGCAUAACGCCUCUAAGAAAGAAAAAAAAACGGGCGCUGCGCUGCGUGGCUGCACACCUUACGAGUAAAAAUAAGGAAAAAAUUAAAAAAAUUUAGCAAGCACAAUUUUGUUUUUUUUUUAAAGUAAAAGUUAAAUAUAAAUGUGUUGCUAAAGUAAAGUGAGUUUUGAGAAGUGCUGCGUUUGUGUGUGUGUGUGUUUGUACGCUUGUCGGUGCAAAGCGACAGCAGUGUACCUAGAACACAGCGGGCGGUAUAUGUAUAACCGCUGUAUGCCGUAUACGCUUGCGACGCCACGCAACGGUGAAAAAAGGCACACAAUUCAAUAAACAACGAUUACAACGGUUUAUCAGCAACAUAGUAUACCAAAUUGGAUAUAUAAAGUAUUUAUAAAAAUACUGGAAAAUAUUUAAAAAUUUACAUAUUAAGAAAUAUUGUAAGAACUCAACCUCUCAUCGGUGAAAUUUCGCUACCAAAAUCUAGUACAUAGAACUUAACUCUUCAUGCCACUCGCAACUGAAUCAAUGUUGCAGCAACGACAAUGUUGGGAAAUAUUGGACGAGCAAAACCGAACACAGAGCACAAAGCUGCACUGCGAUGAUACAGCACAACAAGCAGCAGCAGUAGCAGCAGCUGACAGAGUAGGCUAUGAGCAACAAAUUCACACAGUUAACUGGCUUAAUAAAGCUUUAAACAUAACUUGGCAAGCCAUUGAACGCACAGCUGGGCAGCAUGUUGCCACACAAGAACAGCAAAUUAACAAAACCGUACCAGAACCAAUUGCAAACUUGCCGAUCCAGCAACGAAAUGCAAACGACGCUGGGAUAACAGCUAAAUACAUGCUGAAUGCUGUAACUGACGGCACGACGCGCGACUCCAGCAGCAACAUUGCAGACGUAACACUAUUUGCUGAAAAUAAUGCUAGGACACAUGUUGCAGAAAUAAAAGACACAGAUGUUGCGCUAGGAAAUGUGUUUGAAGCUGGUGGCGCGCGAUCAGCAACGAUCACAGCUGUAAAUGUGUGCGCAAAUACUAAUGGCAAUAAACAUGUGCUUUGCAACAUGCUGCCGCAACAUGCUGAUGAAACCAAGCUGCCUACGCCACCAAGCGUUGCUGUUGCAGUAACUAGUAUUGAACGGAGUGGCUGCGUACAGCAUAACGCAGCUACAGAAACGAAAGCAACCACAACAACAACAACAACCUUUAAAACUACAACAACCACAACCGCUAAAACAAAAACCACUCAAAGCAUUAACAUUGCAGAAAUGUUUGAAGUGCCGGCGUUGGCAUCCGCAAUCCCAACGGCAAUGGUAUCGCUGCCGUCAAUCGGGUCGCAGCAACAAAAUACUAAAAAGACGAUAGAUUUCAAUAGUCGGCGGCGCCGCGGACGUCUAAGGCCACCAAGCCCUGUUGUUGUUGCAGGUGAACGCGCGCGUAGCAGCGCUGUGGCUGGCAGUGGAUUUACUGCCACCAUGUGCCGUGCGUUGCUGUGGCUAGCCGCAUACCUUGAAAGAGUGUCGCGCGAUCGCGCAACCAAACGUGAUCCAUUGCUAUACUUGUUAUCGGUGUUGUUAUCGUUAAUAGUCGGGAAUGUAAAUAGAGUUGCCAGAUUAGUGAAUGAAUUUGAUUGUGAAGUGAAUAAAAAGCCAAUAGUAAACACAACCACUACCAGCACCACCAGCACCACUUCAACAACCAAAACCACCACCACCAACAUCGCCAACAACAAUAACAAUAACCCAAACAAAUCGACUUCAAAAAAUCUAAAUUUACACAUUGAAGCCUCUAAAGUGGAGCAGCAGCACGCAGUAGUGAGCGCAACUGAGAUAAGCAUUUUCGCAUCUUACUCCGAAUCUGAACUGAAAUCAGUGAAUGACUCGCUAUUAAAAUGUGCAGUAAAAGUGAACACCAAUUGCCAAUCGUUGCCACAAAAUGCUGCCCAAAGGCGCUACGCUGCUAUGGAGGAGAAGACGGCAACCAAAGCUGUUGUCAGCCUUCUUGCCACUGCAAAUCCGCCUACAUCAAAUACUCUGCGCACUCGUGGGGGUUGUCAUCGUUCAACCGCGUCGCAGCCGCAACAGCUAACAGCUGCUACCACCACCACCACAUUCGAUCGCAAGCCAUUUUUAGCCAUCUCAUGGCGUUGUAGUCAAAUGCAGGUGCUCUUCUACUUCUACGCCUUCAUCUUAUGCACAUCCAUUUUACUUCCAUGCGGCAAUAAUUUGGUAUCCGCAGCCAAGCCGAAAUCCGCUACACAAUUGCAGCAACAGAAACAGCAACAACAAUUGCUAUUGGAACAACAACAACAACAGCAGCAGCAACAAGAACAACAACAACAACAACAACAUCAACAUGAACACCAUCAACAGCAAGGCCAUCAGGCUCAUCAGCCUGCCGUUGGGCCCAAUGGUGAUGGUGGGGGUGGUGGUGUGCCAGCCUACCCGGGACUUGGUAUUCCCGUCGCUGCCGGCGGCCCGGGUGCAGAUUUGACACCUCCAACUUAUCAGAUCGUUUCAUCGCAAGCAUCGAAUGAAGAUACAGAGUUCGUAUUCCCUGCAGAGCAAUCGGACGAGCAAAUGUUCGAUCAGGAGGAGGAGAACUUGAAUAUUGUCGAAUUGGAGGAGGAGGAGGAGGAGCAGCAGCAGCAGAAUAAAGCGUACGACGUCCAUGACAACGAAACCAACCAUGCGAAUGUGACGAAAGCGCCGCUCUUCCCAAAAGAUCUCUUCACCAGAGAGCAGCUGGAAAAUGGUGCUGUUAUAUGUCACAUAAUUGGCGUUAUUUACAUGUUCGUAGCGCUCGCCAUUGUGUGCGAUGAAUUCUUCGUGCCUUCCCUGGACGUGAUCAUCGAGAAAUUGGACAUCACGGACGAUGUAGCCGGUGCUACGUUUAUGGCGGCCGGCGGUAGUGCGCCCGAACUCUUUACCAGUGUCAUUGGCGUAUUCAUCUCGUUCGAUGAUGUUGGCAUUGGUACAAUUGUCGGCUCCGCUGUCUUCAACAUACUCUUCGUCAUCGGUAUGUGUGCGCUAUUCUCGAAAACCAUAUUGGCGCUAACAUGGUGGCCCCUGUUUCGGGAUUGCACUUUCUACAGUCUCAGUUUGAUGGUGCUCAUUUACUUUUUUCGCGAUAAUUUCAUCUAUUGGUGGGAGGCGCUCAUACUAUUUAGCAUCUAUAUAGCGUAUGUGACCUUCAUGAAGUGGAACGUCCAAGUGGAGAGAUUCGUGAAGAGGCUCGUAACGAAAAAUAAGGUGACUCGCGUCAGAAGUACAGAUCAGCUUAUGCCAGCAGGCAAUGCGGCGAAUUCAUCGGAAACAUCGAUGGCCACACAACCGGGCGGUUCGGUGACAUCGCGAGCCGCUUCGGAGACACGCUCAGGACCGCCGGGAUCGAGCAGCGGCGCUGGAGCAACAGGUAAUAGCAGUGGUGGAACUGCUGGUAGUACACACACCGGUGCAAAAUUCCGUCAUGGCCUAUUGCAGCUUAUGAUACACACAAUAGAUCCGCUACAUGAUGGCAAGGUGGACGAGAAGGCGACCCAACUGCAUGCGAUCGCCUCGCUCAAGGUACUGCUCGAUGCAACGAAACCGCAACGUGGCGGCGCCACCACAUCGGCUGCCAAUCAUGUUAAGAUCAAUUUGAAGGAGACGACAUUGGCCGAUCGACCCAAUGGCAACAUUGACACGACACUAGAUUCGCCAUCCAUCCAAAGCCAAAGCGGUCGUCGUCCGAGCUGGAUUGAUCAGAGGGUCAAAAUUCAGACACGCAAAUUUAGCAUCAAAGUUAGUCUCACCAUAAUUUAGUAUCACAUAAAUUUUCUUCUUAUACUUAAUUAAUUUCCAAUUUUUUUACACACAUGACGCUAUCAAAUUUUUAAUUAAUAAAAUAUAUUCAUGCUACUCCUCACGACUUUUAUUAUUAUUGAUAUGCAUUUAAGCGAUUUUAUGGCAAAAUAAUUAAUAUUUACUUUUACUAAUCAAAUAUCUACUGCAUAAGUAGCUUCACUAACCUAUUUUAAACAAAAAAUCCGCAUUGGCUACAAAAACAAACGAAAUUUCGUAGAUUUGAAUUUAGUUUUUGCUACUUAGUUGGCUUCUUAUUGAUUACGCAUACCUUUUGUUUGACAACAGAAAUUAGUUACGGAA